AAUCGCCGCUUGCGCAAUUUGAUGAAUCGUGUCGUCGCUGUCAUUAAGCCUCAGAAACAGCGCGGGGCGUGCAAUCGGACGGACAGCUGGGAAGAGCGAGUGGGAAGUCAAGGAAGGAGCGGCGUGUCUCCCUCCUCGCGCUUUUAAGUCGUUCUUUCUUUAUCCGAGACUUUCCUGCAACUAUUUGGCGUCCGCGCGCCAUCCCGGCCUGGGCUUCGCCGCUAUGGAUCCGCAAAACGGCGUGCCUCAAUCCGCUUCCACGGUCGUAAACUCACGCAUUUUUUGGUGAGCUCUUGUUUUCCGCCGUGUUUUGACUUCAACGCAGUGGGGGGGGAAACCUUUGGCUCGACAAGGAGCCACUGAGGGUCCACAUCAGUAUGGUGAACAGCCAAGCGUCAAGCAUUGCGCCGGCCCCGAGGUCAUGUGCAGGAUGUGGGGGGAAGAUCGCCGACCGUUUCCUGCUCUUCUCCAUGGAGUGUUAUUGGCACACUCGCUGCCUCAAGUGCUCCUGCUGCCAAGCCCAGCUGGGUGACAUCGGCACCACCUGCUACAGCAAAGGAGGCAUGAUUCUGUGUCGCAGCGACUACAUCAGGCUGUUUGGGCACAGUGGGGCGUGCAAUGCCUGUGGCCAGUCCAUCCCAGCCAAUGAGAUGGUGAUGAGGGCACAGGGAAAUGUUUACCACCUCAAGUGUUUCAGCUGUGCCACGUGCAGGAACAGACUGAUGCCUGGAGAUCGCUUCCACUACAUGAACGGUACCAUUUUCUGUGAGCACGACAGACCUGGUGCUGCCCUGCUCAGCAGCCACCUGCCACAGCUUCAGAGUAACUCUGUGCUGACGGAUCAGAAGGUGUGCUGAGUGGAGUGUCUGCCGAAGCUUUAAUUCGUCUCCCCUGCUACUGUUGCUAUUGCUGUGAGUUCUGAUGUCGGUACAUCCCUUCCCCGAAAGGGCAGCUCUCUUGCAGAGAAAUCCCGUCCCGUCGUCAUAUCACAGAAUCCCAGCCCUCUCAUCCGAUGUCACAUUUAUGUUGUGUCCCGCAGUGGUGUCGCCCGGGAUUUUGGGUCCUAUUAAAAAAAUAUAUAUAUCACUUCAAGGCCCUACCACAAUGCCACAUAUUGAAAAUAUCAUUUUCUAAGGAACUGGUCAAUAAUGGGCCCUCAUCACUUUUCUCCUCUAUGGGGCCCCUGGUGUUCAGUACAAAAGUGGCAGAUGCUUACAUUCUGUGUGGACUGCACUAGCAGAGACUCCCCUGGACUCUCGAGUAAGCCAGAAGAUAACAAUCGUCAUCAAUCAGAGGAUGGAGUGAAAGAGGCUUGAAUGAGAGUUUGAUGGACUGCUGUAAAAUGACUGUCAACGUCUUGUGCCAAGUGGCAUUAUUUUCCCUUAGCGUCAGUGUUUUGAGUGAACUCUGAUCUGUCUCUUUUAUAUGUCUAUCUCAGACCUUGUACUCCAGGUGUUGAAUUGUAAAAUUAGAUGGGUGUCAGGCAAAAAGUGUAUAUUUCAGUCCUGAGAAAUCCAUUAAUUCCCCAAAAAACUGCUGUUUCAAAAUAAAUGCUACAAACUUUUUAAGCACUAUUGAAAAUAGGAACUUGUCAUUGUCAAUGCCUGUAAUUUCCAUAAUGAAUUGUAUUCUUCAUCAGUUUCCUGUUCAAUGUGUGGAAGCAAGUAAUGGUUUUAUUGAGAAAAAUCCAAUUAAAAUGAUUUUCCAGUAUGA